GCCCCGCGGCGGAUAAAGCCUCCGGUCCGGCGCCCCCGCCCGGCACUGGACACCCGGCACUGUACAGUCUGAGCCCCGGCCCGCCAUGAGCGCCGCCGCUCACUCCCCACCACCACCACCGCAGAUGGAGGGCAGCGCCGAGCCGCUGCCCCCCGGCUGGGAGAUCAAGAUCGACCCGCAGACGGGCUGGCCCUUCUUCGUGGAUCACAACAGCCGCACCACCACCUGGAGCGACCCGCGUCUGCGGGCGGCGGCGGCGCAGGAAGGCCAGUCGUCAGCAAACGGUCCAUCUCGUGACAGCCCCAAGCAGCUGCCAGCAAGAGAAGGCACCGUGGGAUACCCCAAGCUCCGGGCUGGCUAUAUCCCUAUUCCUGUCAUCCACGAGGGCAUCGAUGGCAGACAGCAGCACCCCUGCUUUUCUGCUCCGCAGCCUGCUGCCCAGCGGUACAAGACGGAGGCUGUGCCUACCACGCUGCAGGCUCAGCCACCUCCCAGGGGGGCCUAUGGCGGCCCCGAGUCCCCUCCAAGGGGACCGGCGGAGGCUUCUCAGACGGAUAAACAAUGUGGACAGACAACGGCAGCUGCGGCAGCCCAAGCGCCGGCCGCACACGGACCCGAGCCUCAAUCUCCUGGAGCUUCCGAUUCUUCGACGGCUUCCCCUCAGUCCUCUGGCAGACCCAACGCGGGAAGCCAUCAGCUCCCUCGCGGUUAUAUUCCAAUUCCCGUGAUCCAUGAAAAUAUCCAGCGGCAGCCAACGCAAGUCUACCACCAGGCGCAGAAGACACACUACCCUGCCCAGCAGGGCGAAUACCAAGCCCACCAGCCAGUGUAUCACAAAAUCCAGCCAGAUGAGAGGGAGCCGAAGGCAGCGCGAGCGCAGUCUCCCUUCAGAGUGGCUCAGAGGGGCUCAUCCAGCCGGGAGAGUUCACCGGCCAGAGUCACCACCCAGAUACAGCCCCCGACUCCCAUCAGAGUGCAGACAGUUGUAGACAGACCCCAGGUUUCUCAGCAGCAAGUCCCACCUCAAGAGCCACCAAGACCACCACCCCCACCGCCUGAAAUCAAACCUGAAAACAAAGCAGCCCCUCCACCUGAACCUGAGGCACCAGCAUCCUAUAUCCCAAUUCAGGUCACCCACCAGGAACCGGAUCCUAAACUACCACCCCAGAAGCCUCCGGCUACGGCAGAGAAAGCCGAUAAAAAGGCUCCCUCCCCAGCUAAGGUUGUUCCCCCGCAGGAAAAGCCUCCUCCUGAAGAAGCCCCGAAGACAGUGGAAACAGGAGAACCUCAAAAGCAUCCUGGUGUGCUGAAGGUGGAGGCAAUUCUGGAGAAAGUACAAAUGCUUGAGCAGGCCGUCAACUCCUUUGAAGGCAAGAAAACUGACAAAAAAUACUUGAUGAUUGAAGAGUAUUUGACCAAAGAGUUGCUAGCCCUAGACUCGGUGGACCCUGAGGGUCGUGCAGAUGUGCGCCAGGCCAGGAGAGAUGGUGUAAGGAAGGUCCAGAACAUUUUGGAAAGACUUGAACAGAAAGCAGAAGAUGUCCCAGAACCUGCUCAAAUUGAUGGACUUCAGCCAAAUUUUCCAGAGCCUAAGCCACCACAGGAAAUCAUGGAGAUCGAACCUGUGGUAGUCAAGAGCAAGGGAGAUCCCAGUAAUAAAGAUGCUAAAGAGGAAACCAAAAUGGAAAGACAUCAGCCUGAAACUAAGGAAGAAGUGUUUACCAAUCUUGCCACCACGACAAACACAUCUAAUAAUCCAACCGAACCGUAGCCACGUGCUGAAACUAAGAUCUCUCAGACUUAAUAACUUAAAGUGUGUUUAAGUGAAUUUUGAGUUGCAUGCAUUUCCAGAGCUCUUUUCAACUGGUUUUUAAUCAACAUAGCAGCUUGGGACACAGUAAACACUUUGUGGGGGAAGGAGGGAGUUAGAAAGUAAUGUAUUAAUCCUUUAUUCUUACACUAUGUAAAAGACAUGGUUCAAAAAUAAACCCUGUACAUUAAUUGCUUUCAGAUCAGCCGAGUGGGGAGGGGGGGAGGCAAAAAAACUACCCCCAACCAACUCCUUCAGGGUUACUGUGGAUGCGUGUUCAGGGUGCGUUCUUCUGCAGGUGAUUUUUGUAAAAUCAGGGGCCUGCAUUGUCAGAAUAUCAGUCCUCCUACCAGUAUAGCCACUCUUAACAGCAAUGGUUUUAUUUUUAAUGUUCACAGUUGGGCACUUUAACGAUGGAUAGAAAGCGUGUAAGAAACUGUAGGGCUAUUUAUAUGUGUGCAGGACUUCGAUGCUAUAUUUUAAAGAGGGAAAUAAAAUAAUAUAGA